AUGAUGGAAACAGAAUGUCCCUCUGCUUAUGAAGAACCGAAAUACAUAGUGUUUGACAGCAAUUUGAAAUUGCCCACACUGCUUGUAUCAUCGGAAGUGGGACAGUCAGCCGAUACAGGGGAGCACACCAGUUGGCAAUCUACAGCUUUCUGCAGCAGUGUAUUUUUCCGGCGGAUCCUUUGUAAAGCUGGAAAAGAUAUGUAA